GGCGGGUCUCUAUGAAUCCCUUUGGUGCUGAUUGGCAGACAGUAGGAAGGGGGUGUGGCCUUCUCGGGUAACAACAGUAGGGCGUUGUGGCGAUUCUCUUCAUUCCCCGCCAUGUUCUCCUAGCAGCGUAUCUGAUCGCCUAACCAUCGCAGCCUCGUCGAGUCCAACCGGACGCUCCGCAAUCACAUCCCUGCAACCCUGGCUGUUUUACUUUGGCCCACUAGCCCGACUUCUUUCACCUCCUCGCCCUGCUUGCCAAGACGCGACUCCUAACCCUUCAAUAUGGUGACGACGACUGCGCCUUCUUCCCCCUUCCUGGCCCGGAUCUCGGCCGGCACCGAGGACCCCCGGCGGUUUCCCACAUCCCUCCUACAGCGCCUUAUGCGGGCGGACGCCAGCGGCGAAGGCCACCAACCCAGCUGCUGUCUGGUGGGACCAGGCGGCAGCCCCAGGCCGGCCCUGAAGAGAGUGAGGAGAAGGAAAGGGAAAAUACGGUCCGCCUCCUCCAGCCUCUCCCAGAGCCGCUACCAACAGCACCAACAACAUCGCGCCGGCCUGGGGCGAAGGAACACCACGCAGGGGGCGCGCAGCCCCUACGAAAUCCCCACAACGGCUUCGCCAGAGCCCGCUCUCGAAGCGGUUCUGACCGAGGAAGCGCCCACCGCUUCCCCGAGACCAGCCUCUGUCAGCAAACCUCUCAGAAAAGAGUUGUUAAAAAGCAAGAUGGGGAAAUCUGAGAAGGCUACCAUUCCAUACAAUCAGUCUGUUCAUAGUCUACACCUGUGUGAACAAUCAAAAAUUAACAGACAGAGGAGCAAGUGUAAUAUACAACUAAACAAGAUUCCACCUGCAAAAAAAAGUGAAAAUAACUUUUGGCAAGAAUCAGUAUCAUCUGAGCUCAUUAAAAAGCAGGAGAAAAAAACUGUGGAAAACACAGAAAACAUCAAGAACAUGAAAUCAAGGAAACCCAUCUUUCUGACUGAAUCUAACCAAAAAGAAAAUUAUGCUGGGGCAAAAUUUAGUGAACCUCCUUCACCCAGUGUCCUUCCAAAGCCUCCUAGUCAUUGGGUAGGAAGCACUGUCCAAUAUUCUGACCAAAAUAGGGAGAUGAUGGCAGUCCAUCUAAAAACUCUCUUAAAAGUUCAAGCAUAGCAUAUGGAUAACCAAGAACAUACUAGAAAUUUGAAACCUGCCUUGUUGCAACAUGAAGUGCAAAAGACUCAAGUCUUAAAUCAUAAACAUGUACUCUAUUUUUUAUGGUUGUGUAAAUAUUGUAUAUCCUGUAAUGUGUAUAUUCAUAUUUUGAGGUACAUUUUAGUUUUGUUAUGAAAGGAUGUAUUUUAUACUGCUCAUGUGGCAGAUGAUUUUGUAUAUAGUAAUGGACAACUUGCAAUGUGUGCUUAACACAUGGAAGACUUGACAGUGUUUGCACAAGGUAAUGAGAUUUGAAAAUCGAGAAAAGCUCUUCAUCUCAAGGUUCAAAUGGCAAUGUAAAAACAAACUACUAAGGCACUACUGAAAAGCUUAACAAUCUGUGGCACAAUACUUCGUUGAAGCUUUCAAAAAAAAUGUGAAUCUGUUUGGAAUGGUAUUUGGUGUUAAAUUCAAUUCCUUCUCAAAGGCACAUUUGGAAUUUGAUUAAAUAAUCCAGUAAUUUAGCAUAGCUGAUUCUCUAAAAUAGAGGAGCUGUGUUUUUCGUCCAGAGAUAAUUGGUAAUUUAAAAAAAAUGAAUUAAAUAAAACAAUUUGGCCUCCCCUCA